AUGACUACUGAAAAUGGUGAAAUUCGCCGUCCAACUAUUGCUGAUCGUGAGGAUGAAUAUCGUUCGCGUCGUCGAUUGCUGAUGAUUUCUCCAGCAAGAGUAGACCCUUUCGCUGACGGCGACCAAACACCGGAUCACCGUCUAUCAACGUACAAAGAUAUCAUGCUCAAUCAGCAACUCACCAAGGAACAACGAGCAUUACAGGCAGAGAUAGCCGAAAGAGGUAAGACUGGGACGCUACGAAUGGAUUCAGAAGUCCCCACAAAAAGACGUAGAUGGGAUCAGCCUACCACAGAUGUCAACGGCACCAAGAAUGACGCACCAACUCCUGCUGCUACUCCGUCAACUCCUUCGAAGCGUUGGGGGGAUGACGCACUCACUCCUUCACGUCCACCCUCUACACUUACAGGAGCCUCAACCCCUGGAAGCCGGUCACAGUGGGAUGACACUCCCGGGAGAGCAAAAGACCCUGGCGCAACCCCUGGACAAAGCGUUAGGCAAUGGUCAGAAACUCCCCACUUUGCAGCCACCCCAGGUCGAGAAACAGGAAGUUCUGCAUUUGGUGGUACACCUAGUGCUAGACGUAACCGUUGGGACGAAACUCCUCACACUGAAAGGUAUGGUGCCGACACACCAGGUCACGGUACUGGUUGGGCUGAAACCCCCAGAGCUGAUCGAACUCCUGGCGGUGUAGAGUCAAUUCAAGACACACCAUCUUCAAUGGUUUAUGGACCAGGUUCCACUCCAUCAAGCAUUGCUGCUGCGGCCGCACUUGCCGUUAAGCGUAGAUCUAGAUGGGACGAAACUCCGCUAAAAGCAGGAUCAACUCCAGGUGGCUUAACACCAUCUCAGACUCCGGGCAGCUUCACACCGUCAAGUGCCAUGGGGGGGAUAACACCAGGAGCAACUCCUGGAGGCUUUAAUGCAGCCAGCGCUUUCACUCCUUCUGGAACUACUCCAACAGGUUUACGGGCUAUGGCUAUGGCUACACCAAAUUUCGGGUCUGCUGCCAUAACAAUACCAGGAGCAGGAAUCCCAAUGACUCCCGAACAGUUACAAGUAUAUGCUUGGCAGAAGGAAAUCGAUGAUCGAAACAGACCGCUAACUGAUGAGGAUUUGGAUGAGUUGUUGCCUCCAGGUUAUAAGAUUAUGCCACCGCCCGCCGGUUACGUUCCAAUAAGGACUCCUGCUCAUCGACUGGUAGCAACACCAACUCCAAUGAUUGGAGGGACGCCAAUGGGCUUUAGAAUCGGCACACCUGACAUUGGGACAACAGCUGGGUUCGGUAUGAAUGCAACUGGAGGUAAUGCUGCGGCUCUUGGUGACAUGCAACCGAAAGGAGCUAAUUUACCCAUGAUGAGACCUGAUGAUCUACAGUAUUUUGAUAAGCUGCUACAAGAUGUUGAUGAGGACACUCUCCCACCUGAGGAGGCACGUGAAAGGAAAAUAAUGACAUUUUUACUCAAGAUAAAAAAUGGUACUCCUCCAAUGCGUAAAUCAGCCCUAAGGCAAAUCACUGAGAAAGCAAGAGAAUUCGGUGCAGGACCUCUGUUCAAACAAAUAUUACCCCUUCUGAUGUCUCCUACAUUAGAAGAUCAAGAACGCCAUUUGUUAGUCAAGGUCAUCGAUCGUAUUUUGUAUAAACUGGAUGAUCUUGUCCGCCCUUUUGUGCACAAAAUUUUGGUUGUUAUUGAACCUCUACUUAUUGAUGAAGAUUAUUACGCUCGUGUCGAGGGGCGAGAAAUAAUAUCUAAUCUCGCGAAAGCUGCCGGACUCGCUACUAUGAUUUCUACUAUGCGCCCCGAUAUUGAUAAUAUGGACGAAUAUGUGCGCAAUACAACUGCAAGAGCGUUUGCUGUCGUUGCAUCAGCCCUGGGAAUCCCUAGUUUGUUGCCAUUUUUAAAAGCCGUUUGCAAAUCUAAAAAAUCUUGGCAAGCUAGACAUACUGGUAUCAAGAUCGUUCAACAAAUAUCCAUCCUUAUGGGUUGUGCAAUUCUACCGCAUUUACGGUCUUUAGUAGAAAUCAUUGAACACGGGUUAGUUGAUGAACAACAAAAAGUUCGCACCAUUACAGCAUUAGCUUUGGCCGCUCUUGCUGAAGCAGCCACUCCUUAUGGCAUAGAAUCGUUUGACUCAGUUUUGGAACCUUUGUGGCGUGGUAUAAGAACUCAUCGAGGCAAAGGUUUAGCCGCUUUCCUAAAAGCUAUUGGCUACCUCAUCCCUCUAAUGGAUGCAGAGUAUGCCAAUUAUUAUACCCGUGAAGUUAUGUUGAUUUUAAUCCGUGAGUUUCAGUCUCCUGAUGAAGAAAUGAAAAAAAUUGUUCUUAAAGUAGUCAAGCAGUGCUGUGCAACAGACGGUGUCGAACCUGAUUAUAUUAAGUCAGAAAUUCUACCACCGUUUUUCCGUAGCUUUUGGACACAACGUAUGGCUCUAGAUCGGCGCAAUUACAGACAGCUGGUUGAUACAACUGUGGAAAUAGCAAAUAAAGUCGGUGCAGCUGAUAUCAUCUCUAGAAUUGUAGAUGACCUCAAAGAUGAGUCCGAACCUUAUCGUAAAAUGGUGAUGGAGACUAUCGAAAAAGUUAUGUCUGCACUAGGAAGCACAGAAGUUGAUGCUCGACUUGAAGAACAAUUAAUCGAUGGUAUAUUAUAUGCUUUCCAGGAACAAAGUACCGAAGACGCUGUCAUGUUGAUUGGUUUUGGAACUAUUGUACAAUCACUUGGUAAACGUGUUAAGCCAUACUUGCCCCAAAUAUGUGGUACAAUCUUAUGGCGUCUUAAUAACAAAUCGGCUAAAGUUCGUCAGCAGGCAGCCGACCUUAUUAGUCGUAUUGCUGGUGUAAUGAAAGUGUGUCAAGAAGAAAAACUAAUGGGUCAUUUGGGUGUAGUUUUAUAUGAAUAUCUUGGUGAAGAAUAUCCAGAAGUACUUGGGAGUAUUUUGGGUGCCCUUAAGGCUAUUGUAAAUGUAAUUGGUAUGACCAAAAUGACUCCUCCAAUUAAAGAACUUCUGCCAAGAUUGACACCAAUAUUGAAAAACAGGCAUGAAAAAGUAGAAGAGAACUGUAUCGAUCUUGUUGGACGAAUAGCAGACCGUGGAUCAGAGUAUGUCUCUUCUAGAGAAUGGAUGCGUAUCUGCUUUGAACUCUUGGAAUUAUUAAAAGCACACAAAAAAUCAAUUCGACGAGCAACUGUCAACACUUUUGGUUAUAUUGCCAAAGCAAUCGGUCCACAUGAUGUUUUAGCAACUCUGUUAAAUAAUUUAAAGGUUCAAGAGCGUCAAAAUCGUGUUUGCACAACUGUUGCCAUUGCUAUCGUUGCAGAGACAUGUAGUCCAUUUACUGUUUUACCCGGUCUUAUGAAUGAAUAUAGGGUUCCUGAACUAAAUGUUCAAAAUGGUGUUUUAAAAUCUCUGGCUUUCAUGUUCGAGUAUAUUGGUGAAAUGAGCAAAGACUACAUAUAUGCUGUAACUCCUCUGUUAGAAGAUGCACUAAUGGACCGUGAUCUUGUGCACAGACAAACUGCAAUGACUGCAGUAGCUCAUAUGGCUCUUGGUGUAUAUGGGUUCGGCUGUGAGGAUGCUCUUCUGCAUCUCCUGAACGUCGUUUGGCCUAAUGUCUUGGAAACUUCACCACAUGUCAUUCAGGCUUUCAUGUUUUGCAUUGAAGGUCUCCGUGUUGCACUUGGUCCUAACAAAGUACUUCAGUAUUGUCUUCAAGGCUUAUUCCAUCCUGCUAGGAAAGUGAGAGAUAUGAUGUGGAAAGUGUACAAUACUAUUUACAUUGGUAAUCAAGAUGGCUUAGUUUAUGGUUUCCCACGUAUUCCUGACGAACAAGAUCACACCUAUAUCCGACAUGAAUUGUCUUAUAUUUUGUGA